AAUAAGUCCAUCCGUGACAUUUCCUGGCUACUAAAUAUUCCACGCUCAACUGUUAGUGGAAUUAUAACAAAGUGGAAGCAACUGGGAACAACAACCACUCAGCCACCAAGUGGUAGGCCACGUCACAUGACAGAGCGGGGUCAGCGCAUGCUGAAGCGCACAGUGAGCAGAAGUCGCCAACUGUCUGCAGAGUCAAUAGCUAAAGACCUCCAAACUUGGUGUGGUCUUCAGAGAGCUUCAUGGAAUGGAUUUCCAUGGCCGAGCAGCCACAUCCAAGCCUUCUAUCACCAAGUGCAAUGCAAAAUAGCGAAUGCCGUGGUGUAAAGCAUGCUGCCACUGGACUCUAG